AUGGCCAUUCGGAGAAUCUUUUCUCUCUCUCCCCUCAUCGGCCUCCUGUCUCUAUUCUUAAUCAUCACCUUAAUCCUCCUAACAACCACUGCUGCCACCACCAACAUCCGCCUCAGCCUCACCAGAAAACGCUCAAAAACUCUCCCCGUUUUCCGGGAAGCCCCCGCCUUCCGCAACGGCGACACCUGUACAAACACCCGUGUACACAUCGCCAUGACUCUCGACUACAACUACCUCCGUGGGACCAUGGCGGCUGUUUUGUCCAUCUUGCAGCACUCGUUUUGUCCCGAAAAUGUUUAUUUUCAUUUCUUAUGGUCGCAUUACGACGAAGAAAUAUAUAAAAACAUCAAAACGACGUUCCCGUAUCUGAGGUUUAAAGUUUAUAAAUUCGAUUCGAAUCGUGUAAAGGGGAAGAUAUCGAAGUCGAUACGACAAGCGCUUGAUCAACCAUUGAACUACGCGAGAGUUUAUUUAGGGGAUAUAUUGCCGAUGAAUGUGAAGCGUGUGAUUUAUUUGGAUUCGGAUAUUAUAAUGGUUGAUGACGUGGAGAAGUUAUGGAGAGUUGAGUUGGAGGAGAAGGUGCUUGCUGCACCGGAAUAUUGCCAAGCGAAUUUCACGAGAUAUUUCACGAAUAACUUCUGGAGGGAUCCGGAGUUGGUGAAAACGUUUAAGGGUCGAAAAGCGUGUUAUUUUAACACGGGGGUGAUGGUUGUUGAUGUGAUGAAAUGGAGAAAAGGAAGGUAUUCAUAUAAAGUGGAAAAAUGGAUGGUGGUUCAAAAGCAGAAAAGGAUAUAUCAUUUAGGUUCGUUGCCACCUUUUUUGCUUGUUUUGGCUGGGAAUAUUAAAGGGAUUGACCAUAGAUGGAACCAGCAUGGGUUGGGUGGUGAUAACAUUGAAGGAAAAUGUAGGAGUUUGCACCCUGGUCCAAUUAGUUUGCUUCAUUGGAGUGGGAAAGGUAAACCAUGGUUGAGAUUAGACUCCAGGAAACCUUGCACUGUUGAUCACUUGUGGGCCCCCUAUGAUCUUUAUCGCUCCAAAAAUCAUAUCCUCGAAGAAUAA